AUGACUGUUAUUUGGUUGUUACUGCGUUAUGGAUCACAUAGUUUUGAUAUUAGAGAGACAGACAUAGAAAAAUAUCGUUUGUUGAAGUUGUUUCUGGAUAUCUUUGAGGAAUCAGUUAAGCAAGAUGUUUUUUUGCCUAGUACCUUUAGCUUGUAUGUUGAGGGUCCUUGUGGUAAGGUUGAGUUGAAUGAUGAUAAAACCUUAAGGCUUUUUAAAAGAUGGAAUUGGAGUAAAGACACUGCUGAAAUUUGGGUUGAGGGAACAGAUAAUCCAAGGUUAGUGUUUAGGAAUAUUGUUGCAACAAUUAAGAAUCAUAGAAAGGAAAAAGAGAGGCAUCUUAAGGAGAGACAAGGGGAAUUUUUGAGGGCUCAAAGAGAGGAGGAAGAGGCAAUGAGGAAACAACAGGAAAUGGAGGACAUUUUGAGGGAAAUACAGGAACAAAUGGAGUUCACUGUGGCUAUGGAGGUCCUUGUGGUUGAUUGUGAGGACUUGAAGGUUGAAUAUGUGAGAAUCAUUAGCAAAGAUGAUGCUGAUGAGGUGUUUCCAGGUGGCUCUCAACCACAACCAACACAAGAAUCCCCACCCCCAAAGCAAAAACCUGUUGCUUCUAACUCAAAAGCCAAGGAUAAACCUGCUGCUAAGAAACUGACCCCAAAAAGGAGGCCAUCAGCUAAACCAGCCACUCCACCAACUCACUCCACUCAACCCCCACCACCACAGAAACAACCCACCCCACAACCACAGAAACAACCCACCAAACAACCACAGAAACACCCACCAAACAACCCACCAAACAAUCCACCUUAA